AUGGCUAGUGCUCAGUUCGAUAUUUUUGGAGGCCUUGGUGGUGGUGGUGGCGGCGGUGGUAGUGGUUGUGGCGGUGGUGGUGGUGGUGAUAGAGGUGGUGGAGGUAGUGAUGGGGGAUUUGGUGAUGGAUUUGGAUUUGGCGAGGGUCAUGGAUCGGGUGAAAAUGAUGGAUUUGGCCAAAUUGUAGGGGGCCUUAUUGGUUGCGGUAGUGGUGGUGGUGGAGGAAGAGGAGGUAGUGAUGGUGGAUCUAGUUUUGGCAUUGGAAAUGGUGAGGUCACGGCUUCGGUGCAAAUUGUGGUGGAGGUGGCGGUAGAGGUGGUGGUGAAGGAGGAGGUAGUGAUGGAGGAUUUGGUUUGGCAUUGGAUAUAA